GCCCAAUCUGCUCUACAAACUCAAACAAACACUCUCGAGCCCUCCUCAUUUCACAGCCUUUCUGAAGCUCAAGAUGGAGAACGGUGCUAGCGAUGCAAAGGACCCUUCGGGCUUCCUCAGCGAGAUCAUCGGCGCCCCAGUCACGGUGAAGCUGAACUCCGGUGUGGUCUACAAGGGCGAGCUUCAAUCUGUUGAUGGCUACAUGAACAUCGCGCUUGAGCAGACCAAGGAGUUUGUCAACGGCAAGCUCCACCGGAAUUACGGCGACGCUUUUGUCAGAGGCAACAACGUGAUGUACAUUGCGGCAGACUCGUGAGUAGUUGUCGGGUGGCUUGUGACUUGAUGAAGAGCAUGGGAAGGGGCACAGUUAGCACCUCUAAAUCCAGUGCAUCAUGCGGCAGAAGAUUGGUGACCCAGGCAGGAUGUCAAGAACUCUGCAGAUUUCGCCUUGCAGAUUUCUCUCAACAGUUCAGAAGCAAACUCCAUGAAUUUGCUGUUUAAUGCAGAGGGUCACAGUAUAAUAGCCAAACAUUAUCUAUCGAGGCACGUGCAUUGUGGCCGUUUUGACAGUUAAUCUAUAUCUCGUGGUCGUGG